CAACGUCUGCCCGGGAUAACUAGUUAAUAAUAAAAAUGCGAAUGUUGCUUUAUGACAUAUUUAAAAAUCCUUGCCCACUGACCGCUUGUGACUUCUGAAAUUGAUACAGAUUUUCUUACGCUAGGUACAUUUUCAUUUUCGAUGGUCAUUUCAUUGUCCUUUUAUAAACAAGACGUUGGCAUUUUCAGCUAUAUUUUUUUAUGGUCAUUAUUGUCGCUUUAUUCCAAUUGACUUGCGUGUUUGUUUCAAAUUAUAUGAAUAAGGCUGACAAAUAACACUGACGACGACGAGGAAGACUUUUCCUGGACAAUAACGAUGAUGACGGCGACUAUGUUGGUGGACGAUGACGAUAUUUUGUAGAAAGAUGAAUACUAGUGGCAACAUCUCAGCUGUCAAAACGUACAUUUGUUUAUUGAAGCUUCAAAAUCAAAACAAAAUGAGUGCUUCCGAGGAUUCUUUGGUUGUGUCUCUGCUCUUGGAUGAGCGAAGUGAAUUGCGCCUCAAUAGAAAGGAAGAAGUUGUGAAUGAACUUUUGGAUGGCGUUUUUGCAAGCUCCAGCUCUUCUGAAGACUCGGAAGGCGAAACCGAGGACCACCCCAAGUGCAACAAUUUUGAAGCGACUCUCGAUGCCAUGGGUGGGAGUGAUUUUAAGAUGCACAUGAGACUGAAACGCGUGACGGUGGAAUACCUCAUAAAUAAUAUCCAAAAAUUUAUUGAAAUAACUACUUAACUACAAGAGUCCGUAUUAUUUUCAGUGAGGUACUCGCAAUAUAACUACGUUCCUGACCCAUC